AUGUAAUUAAUUGAUGCCAUUUUUGAGGAUCAAUUCAAACCAGCUCUCAUUGAACACUACAAACAAAACAAAAUAGUCCGCAGAGCUGAUUAUCUUUUAAAGGCAUUGUAAUCUGUGGAUCAAACACCUUUAGAAGAAUAACAAAAGUUUUAUGAUCAUUUAGAGACAUAAUUAUUGAAAUGUUCUUCAUUGUAAGCCUUAGCAUUAAUUCACAACUAAAAUGAGCAGAUUGUAGAUUUGUUAUUGGAGUUUUGUCUGACUAAUGAAAUUGUAUGAAUUAUCUUUAAUUUUUCAGCAUACGCAAUAAUUGUUUCGGAUUAUAGAUUGGUUUUUGGGAGCAAUCACAUUGACAAAGCGAAAUUACAAAAGUAUGUUCAUCUACAUCAAAAAUUAGAUGUACAAUUCUUAAUUGACAAAUGAAAAAGUUCACAGAUUCAUAACAUUAUUAUAAGUAUAAUUGUACUCAUAUUUUAUAGAAAGUCUUUGCAGAACAUCACUAUGAUUCACCUUAUGCCUCAUUCUACUUCAAUUACAUCCAUAGUGGAUUGGUUGUGGACACAAGAGAAAUGAAAUGGUGUUUUAGCAAAGGCCUUUCUCUCCAAACAUGGCUUUAUCCCAUUGCAAUUAAAUCAGAAGUUGAAACCAAAAUUAUGUACCUGAUGUCGGAUAAAAAAAAAGGAUGUCAAUUUAUCUUGAAUGGAAACAAGUUAGUCUAUCAAUAUGUUGAUUUAAAUUGUAUACUUUAUUACUCAUUAUCAUACAGCACCUCAUCAUGAAGUCCCUAUUAGUCUGAUCGAAAUACCUUAUAAUGAAUGGUCGUCUUUAUGCGUUCAGAUUCAAUCCAAAAAAUUCUUCCUCUAAGAAUCCUAUUACCUCUAUUUGACUUGUGGGAAUCAAUAAAUAAGAGAAAUCAAAAUAGAUUUCCCCCAAAUCUCUAAUGAGGCUCUUGUCAUUGAAUUUCAAUUUUUUACCAAUUUUUAUGGCUAUGUCACUUGUCUGUUAAUUUAUAAUGAUGGAUUUGAUGGAAAGUAUAAACUACUAUUAUGCAUAUAGUGAUUUAACUUGUGGAGACAAAAACUUGGGUAUUUAAACAAAUGAUCACCUUAGAAAUUUGCAUAAAUCUCAUGGGAAUAAUAAAUUACUAUUAUGUUAUACUCCACUCAGAGCUAGAGCCAAUUUUAUUACUGAUCCAAUCAAUCAAUUCGAUGGAGCCUUACAAUCAUAUAGUGGAUCAUACUUGAGAACAACACAAAAACAACAAUUUGCAUAAUUUUGUAGAAUCGAAAACUUUGUUCCUCUCCUUUUAUUUUUACGACUGUAGCCCUAUGAUUAAUUGUUAAAUGAAUUGUUGACUCUGUUCUGUCAAAUUUUCAAAUCAAGACCAGAAUCAUAGUCGGAUGCAAUCAGAACAGAAUAUUUAAGUUUGAUAGCCCUUAAACUUAAUGACUCCGGACUCUCAAUGAUCAACAGCUAAACAAUAGAACUGCUCUCCCAAUUAUAUAACUCCAUUCAAGACUUGAAAUUAAAGUAACAAUUCGUAUGCAGUCUCUUGUGGAGAAUCCAAAUUUAUAAACUAGACGACUUUUCAAUCAUUGAGGACUAUCUGAAAUUUAUUCGAGUGAUCUACAAUGGUAAUCCUGAAUUUUGUAUAUCCAUUUUUGGUAUUAGUUAGAUCCUAUAAACUCUCAUAUAUGAUAUUGAUCCAAAAAAUAGGUUAUGCUGCGAAGAACAUGCUAAUUAAAUGGGUUAUACCAAUUUUAAUUUGCCAACAAUACCCUACUCCUAAUUAAUUGAUUCCUAUCUAAGUAUGAGAAUCGUAUUAAAUUAUUAGAUAUCAUCGAUGCAAUUCUGCAUUACAAACUAUUUUAAUCGCAAUCCAAAAUCGAGAAAGAGAAUAUCAUUGACAUUGCAAGAGUCUUCACAUUAAAAUGCUCUCCAUGCUUUUACUAAUUACUACUCAAAAAGUUAUAAGGAUUAUUUUAAUACGAGACCAAGAGCAAUAAUCCCAUAUCUCAGAUCCUCAUUCAAGAGGAAGUAAUGCAAAUGUUAUUGAAUCUACUAACCACUUGUUCCUGUCCAGAUGUGAAAACUAGUUGCAUCAAAUUGAUAGCAGAGAGUAUUCGAAUUAAUUAAUCUUCAAACGAAAAAGAAAUAGCUAGUUGGAUUGCUCACACUCUAGGCAACAGUGCUGCUGUCGAGACAUACUCAGACGAUGAAGAUGAGGAUGUUUAACCCAGGAAACCAUUAAUAAAUUAAGCAUUAGUCUUUCAUUAACAAGAAGAACAACAAAGUUCAAUUGAGGAAAAAAAAAAGUAACCUGUCACGCAAACAAAAAAGAUUGUAUAGCCAAAUAGAAGAAUCAUCGAUUAUGAACCUCUCUAUGUAGCCAUCAUGGAAUGGAUGCUGAGAACAAGAGUUGGAAAAACCAAUUCAGACACUCUCAUCCUAGAUGAGAACUUUGUUAUUAAAUCUGAUGGUGGAUUAUCUUUGUUGAUCAGUUAUUUCCAAUAUUGUGUGGAUUCAGUCAAAGGUCGUAUUAUGUAAGAUUUGUGUAUGCUAAUUAAAUGGAAUCAGACCAGUGCCCUUUUUCUAUUAAAUAACGAAGAAUUUCAUUGGUGGAUCUUAGAAACCCUCUUAGAAAUCUAAUAUUAAUAUAACAAUAGAGAGUUGACACAAUUUGAAUUCUGGAUUUGGGAUAGUGGAUUAAAAUUGUAUUGCAAUGUUAUCAAAGUUGCUAUUCAAAAUGAAAAAAAUGGAUUUCAAAGGUUGGCUUAAUUGCAAAGUUAUUGCAGAGUUUUGGAGGAAUUCUUUAAAGAAAAAAUCAAUUCACAAGCUACUUAAUUAUUGAUAAGACUGAUAUAUAAGCAAUUACUAUCUAAUUUGUCGUAAAUUUUAUUUAUUUUAUAUACUAGUGACUGUUAUAAAUUGGACUUGUUUUCAUAGUUUUGGGUCAACUUAUACUCUGUUAUUUUUGAAACUUUCAGAUUGGUUACUGCAGAUCCAAGAACUAUGGAAAAUGAGCAUUAUUAUCUAUUCCAUAAAUUCUAACCUAUUGCCUUUAGGUUAACCAUCUCAUAGUAGGAAAUGCCUAAGAGUAAAUAUUGUAUUAAUUAUAUCCUUAGAAUGGAAACAAUAAUUUGGAAUUAUUCAAUGGGUUGAUCAUAUUCUAAUUGUGAAUAUCUGUGAAAUAGUGAAUCAAUUUUGUGGCAAAUUCUCCCCACAAAUAAUUAGUUCUUUAGAAGACUAUCAGAUUGUUUAAAAAGGAAUCUUAGGGAUCUUGGAGUAGAAGAACCCAACAGAAUUAUAAAAGUCUUUUGCUGCCAUGAUGUUCUCAUUUGAAAUUGGGAUGGAAUAACAUUCAUGUCCCAUUUUUGUUUAAGUUUGCCAACUUUUUCUGUAAUUGAAUGCUGAGUAUUUUGCAUAUAAUGUGCAGAGUAGUGAAAACAUCAAACAAUUGCAAGUGAUAUUGAAUACACUAGAUAAGUUGGUCAGGACUUUGAUUAUAUCAUCUGAAACACUAAGAGACAAGGAGAUUGAGGAAGUGCAGGAUAAAGUAGUUUAUUUGAUUAUUGGAUCACAUUUCAUAUUUCUGUAUUAAAUGGAGGAUAAAAUAAAAGAGAUUAAUUAUGAUGAAGAAAUCAAGUAGGAAUUAUUAUAAAUCGUGAGAAAUUGCUUAUUUAAUUCAUUUAAAUUUCUAAUUGUUUAUGUUGAUAGUUUUACUCAAAUUUUAAAUAAGAAUGAGUCCUUUUAAGCUCUCAUUUUUGAAGGGUACAAACAACACAAGCUGUUUUUAAUCAAAAUGCUCAAUGAUUUAAUUAAAAAGGAUAGUUCUCACAUUUUUGAUGUAAUCGAGACAAAAUCACUCAAAGUUAAUGAUAAGUUGAUAAUGGAGAAAAUGAUAUCUGCAAAAUAAGUGUUUGUAGAUAAUCAAACUUUACUGUUAAAAAUAUAAGAAUCAUUUUUCAUGAAUGAGGAGUACUAUUCAAAAACCAAAUGUGAUUUUGAAGAAUCUUAUCGGAUUUUUGCUUAGAAGAAAAAAACAUUAUAGGACAAAUUGCAAUAAUAACGUCAGGGAAUCGAAGAAGUCUUAUUUUCAUAGAUGUAAUUCAUUACAGUAUAUUGUGUAUAGGAUAUCUUCAUCCACGACCUAUUCUUAUGAUUAAAAGAUACAGAGAAUAGAUUCUGAACAAAUCUGUAUGAGACAAGCGAGAUACAUGUUUAAGAAGUCAUUUAACCGAGUACGCGUUUUUAAUUAAUGGUGGGCUCAUCCAGAUUUCAAGGCGCAAAUCGAUAAACCAUUUGAUUCGAUUGAUAUGCAUUAUGAAAACAUUAAAUAAAAUUAGAUGUAAUCGAAAGUAUUUAUAUUAGAUUUACAUGGAAAAUGUGGAAAUACGAGACCAAGCAAAAAUCAAGACCAUUACUCAAACCAAAAUUAUACGACUACCCUUAAAUUGAUACCGUUAUGCAAUCGCAACAAUAAAGCACAAGAAUAAUGAAUUUGGCUGAUUACGAUAAGAAAUAACCAGAGAGACAAAGAAAGAAAAUACAUGAAAUCAUAUUUGAUACCAUCAUCCCAUUUUAUUCUUAAUAACAUGAGUAAGAUGAGGUGAUCCUUCACAGAGUCCAAUGGAUUAAGACCUUAACAGUUAGAAUAGGUUCUUUGCGUAUUAGUGACACUCAUUUGAUCUUUUAUUUUGAAUCAAUCACUCAAAAGGAGACUCAUCAAAGUCUAAUUAAAUUUAGAGUUCCUGAGGAUUCCCAAUUAGUCAAAUAGUGGGAUUUGGAUUAAAUCUAUGAUAUACAAUUCCGAAGAUAUAUUGGUAGAUGGACAUCUUUGGAGUUGACCCUCUUGGAAGGCAGUACGCUUGUAUUCAAUUUUUCAAAUGGAGAUCAUCAAAAAGUGAUUGAAAAGUUGAUCUCCUUGAAAAAAUAACGAACCAUCAAUAUUAAACCCAGGAUUUUAUCUGGUAAGUUGGAUCCUGUUAGUGUCAUAUUGGAGAGUAAGGCAAUGAACAAGUGGUACAAUUAUAAGAUCACAACCUUUGAAUACUUAAUGAAAGUCAAUAAAAUUGCUGGAAGAAGUAAUAAGGAUUUAACUUAAUAUCCCGUGUUUCCCUGGAUAAUGAAUGAUGGCGAGUAAUUGCACAAAUAUCGUGAUCUUACUAAAUGUAUGGGGGCUUUGGGUACCAAGGACAGGAUUGAAGUGUUCGAAUAGAGAUACAAUAUGAUAGAUCAUUUUAAUAAGGUUCCGUAAUUUCACUAUGGGAGUCAUUAUUCAAGCCCAGCAAUCAUCUUCCAUUAUCUGAUUAGAUUGAAACCUUUCUCUGACGGUGCCAAAGAAUUACAAUCAGGAAAGUUCGAUUUAGCAGAUCGACUCUUUUUUUCAUUCGUUGACACCUAUAGGAAUGCAGUUGAAGAAUUAAGUGAUGUCAGAGAGUUGAUACCAGAAUUCUUCUACUUGCCUGAGAUGUUUCUUAAUCUAUCUAAGUAUGACUAUGGCUUAUAGCAAACUGGACAAAGAGUAAACAAUGUCGACUUACCUAGUUGGAGUCAAUAGAACCCAUAUUUGUUUAUCUGUGCUCACAGAAUGGAAUUGGAAAGUGAUUAUGUCUCAUAACAUAUUUGCAAUUGGAUUGACUUAAUUUUUGGAUAUAAAUAAAAAGGAGAAGAAGCAGUCAAAGCUUUGAAUACAUUUUAUUAUUUGACAUACGAAAAUUCAAUAGAUUGGGACUCAAUCAAAAAUGAAAAACAAAAGAUUUCCUUAGAAUCAUAAGCAAUUCAUUUUGGUUAAUGUCCUAGUUAAAUUUGGGACAGACCUCACAUUUCUAGGGGAAAAUUAAAAAUUGUAUAUCGAAUUGUAGAUGAAAAGGUAGAAAAGAGAAUAUUUAGGUAAAAACAAAAUAAUCCCCAAACUCAAUCAUUAAACUUUUCAAGAAACAAGUCGAUUAUUAGAAUACAGUUUUUGAGUGAUAACAAAGUGUGGUUGAUUCGUCGAAAUGGAGAAUGUGCUACAAUUAAAUUAGAUUUAAAAGACAAUAAGUUUGAUAUUAAUAAUUAGAAAGAACAGUCAAUCAAUUUUGGAAAAUUUUUGGAUGAAAAUCAACAUCUAUUUGAUUGGACUUGUAAUUAUGAUGAAUUACCUGUGUUACUUAGAGGAAAACAAGUAUUGAUUGGUGGCGUUUGGGAUGGGAGAAUGCUAAUUUAUAAUAACGGUAUUAUUUCUGAAUAGAAAUUCGAAUAAGAAUAUACUAUAACUGUAAUGAGAUUUGAUUAUAAAAUGAGAAUAUUAGCAACUGGUAGUAAGGAUGGAACUCUUAUAAUCUACAAAGUGUCUAAUAAUUCAUACAUUCCUAUUAGUAAACAUCAUCAUCAUGAUUAAUAAAUUACAGAUAUAUUUAUUUGUAAUGAUUUGAAAGUUGUAUUAACAUGUUCUAGCGAUAGUUGGAUUCAUAUGUAUAAUUAAUGGUCAGGCAAAUAUCUAAGAAGUUAUAGGCAUCCUAAGGGAUUACCCAUUAGCAAAGUUUGUAGUUAUUGUACACCUUUGUAUGGAAUUGCCUUUUAUGAAAACAAAAAUAUUUAUUCAUAUAGCAUCAAUGGCUAAUUCUUGGCCCAUCUUGAAUUAAAAUAAUAUGUUGUUAAUCAAGGACAUCUCAAAGUUGUAAAAGACUCAAAACUAACUGAUAUUAUUGUAAGUGUUAUUUAAUAUAAUAGGUUUUACCAUUAUGUAUGGAAAAGAAAAUCUUGAUGUUGUCAACUCCUUUUCUACAAAAAAGAAAUGAAAUUUAACUGACUGAUUGUCCACCAUCAAUGAAUGAUAUAAGUUCGUUUGCUUUGUCACCAGACAGAACAAUUUUAGCAUUUGGAACAUCUGAUGGAGAAUUUGGAUUGGCUGUUGAUUAGAGAAUCUUUCAAUAGGAUUGA